CCGCAUUCUCUCGCCUCGCCUCUCGAAGUUCAGUUCGACCGUCGUUUUUUUCCCGAAAUUAGCGAUCGCCUGAUUGACACCACCCAAUCUACCUGGCCCCACGAUGAGCUCCCGCAUUCCUCUGGGCAUCCGGCAGUGCAACAGGCUUCUGGCCGCACCCAUCUACAGUUCCAAUGAAGCCCCCUCUCAGGCCCGCCUCUUCUCCACAUCGCAGGUGCAUUACGAGAGACACGACUGCAAAGUUUUGGUUGUGGGCGGCGGCAGUGGCGGCUGUGCCAUGGCCGCCAAGCUGUCAUCUCAUCUGGGCAAGGAUAAGGUGAUCGUCCUGGAGCCUGAAGAUAGACACUAUUAUCAGCCGAUGUUCACCUUGAUUGGAGGCGGAAUGAAGCGCCUGGAGCAAUCCUACAAGACCAUGGCCGAGGUGCUUCCGAAGAAGGCAAAGUGGGUGAAGGAAAAGGCGAUGGAAUUUGAUCCGGAUAACAAUACGGUCUGCACCUCCGGAGGUGACACAAUCAAAUAUGAUUUCCUGCUCAUUGCCACUGGCCUGCAAUUGAAGUACGAGAAGAUUCCCGGACUAGCGGAGGCUCUGGAGGUACCCAAUGGGAAGGUGUGCUCCAUCUACUCCCCCAAGUAUGCGGAGGGCGUCUACGAUGUGCUGCGAAGAACAACUGGCGGAAACUUGAUAUUCACCUUUCCCGAUUCCCCUGUCAAAUGUCCUGGUGCCCCACAGAAGAUUGUCUACAUAGUCGAGCACUAUUUCCGCAAGCUGGGCAAGCGCGAUAAAGUGAAUAUCACAUAUAACACAGCUCUGCCAGUGCUCUUUGGCGUGAAACACUAUGCGGACGCCCUAUGGCCCAUCUGCAAGAAGCGGAACAUUACGGUUAACACUCGGCGAAACCUGGUGGAGGUUCGGCAUGCCGAGGACAUAGCUGUGUUCGAGGAUCUCGAGAAUCCCGGUCAGCUUUGCGAGGAGAAGUACUCCCUGCUGCAUGCUGUGCCACCAAUGAGCGCUCCCGACGAGCUAACAAAAUGCCGGAAGCUGAUGAACACGGCGGGAUUCGUGGAUGUGAAUAACUCGACGCUGCAGCAUGUCAGAUAUAGCAAUGUAUUCGCCAUCGGGGAUUCGUCUGGCACACCGAACUCGAAGACUGCCGCAGCUGCAGCUGCUCAGUCGCCCGUUGUCUUUCGGAAUAUGAUUGCAGCGAUGGAGGGCAAACCUCUGACGGAGGUCUACGAUGGCUAUGCCUCGUGCCCGCUGGUGACUGGAUACAGCACCUGCAUUUUGGCGGAGUUCGAUUACAGUCUGACGCCCUUAGAAACGUUCCCAGUGGCCCAGAACAAGGAGCGGUACUCGAUGUUCAUCAUGAAGAAGGAUUUCAUGCCGCUGCUCUACUGGAAGCUCAUGCUCCCGGGCCACUGGAAUGGCCCGGGGCUGAUGCGAAAGCUCUUCGGUGUUUUUAAGCCAAAUAAAAAGUAAAUGCAACUCUCCGAAAUCUAAAUAGUUUAUGUCAAAUCAAA